AUGUCGUCGAAAAUUCCUCGCGUGAUUUUGGUCACCGGCGCCAACCGUGGGAUAGGUCGUGCCAUCAUCCAAGCCUUGGCCAGUCAUCCACAAACAACGAAGUCCAUCUUUCUCAUGGGUUGUCGGGACUUGAAAAAAGGGGAAGAGUCCAUUCGAGAGCUUCGAAGCCAGGGCAUCACAUCGGUCGUCCAGCCUCUCACAAUCGACGUGGCAUCCGAUGCGUCCAUCCAGGAUGCCGCUGGUACCGUCCAGCAGCGACACGGCCACCUCGAUGUCCUUAUCAACAACGCCGGCUACGCCGCCAUACCGUCAGCCUCGGAUUUAUCAGACUGGCGGAGUGUCUAUGCCGCAGUCUAUGACACCAAUGUCACAUCCGUCGCCUUGACGGUGGCGCAUUUUCUUCCGCUGCUGCGACAGUCGCCGUAUGGAGGUAGAGUCGUCAAUAUCUCUUCCGCGCGGGCCUCAGCGACCAUGUUGGCGAAUGGACUUCUUCCGCCAACGGUGGCAAUUCCAUACAGUGUUUCGAAGGCAGCCCUAAAUCUGCUGACGAUCGAAAUGAGCCGGGAUUCGGCCAACAAAGACGUCGAGUUUCAACUGGUUAGUCCCGGACAUUGCAAGACGGCUCUGAACAACUACCGUGGGGCGAGGGAUCCGCUUGAAGGUGCAAAUGUGGUGGUUGGACUGGUCACGGCCGAGAAAGGCCAGUACAAGAAUGCAGGUUUCUGGGAGACGAAAGGUGCUAGUAUGGACCUCGUUGAGAUCCCAUGGUAA